AUGAUCCAGUCAAACAAAGGAGCAGAGCCGCCGGACAAGGACAUGAAGGGUCCUAUGGCAUCCAGUACAAAGAAUGGUCUCUCCCAAAUCCUGAGGCUUGUGCUGCAAGAGCUAAAUCUAUUCUACAGCCGAGACGUGACCGGAUUGUGUCUCCUGUAUGACCUCCUCCACUCCCCGUGGCUGCAGGCUCUGCUGAAGGUCUAUGACUGCCUCCAGGAAUUUAAAGGAAAACAACUCGCUCCUGCCACCUCCCACGCACAGCAGUUAUGCCAUGAGGUGGCAGAGAUAUUACGUGCAACCUCUAGUUCCCCUGAGAUCCAAGAACUGAGACAAAUCCUCCAGGCUCCACACUUGAAGGCCUUGCUCAGUGCCCAUGACACUGUUGCUCAGAAAGAUUUUGAACCCCUCCUCCCCCCACUGCCAGACAAUAUCCCGGAGAGUGAGGAAGCAAUGAGGAUUGUUUGUUUGGUGAAAAAUCAACAGCCCCUGGGAGCUACCAUCAAGCGUCACGAGAUGACAGGGGACAUCCUGGUGGCCAGAAUCAUCCACGGCGGGCUGGCCGAGAGGAGUGGUUUAUUAUAUGCUGGAGACAAACUGGUAGAAGUGAAUGGAGUUUCUGUGGAGGGACUGGACCCUGAGCAAGUGAUCCAUAUUCUGGCCAUGUCUCAUGGAACAAUCAUGUUCAAGGUGGUUCCAGUUUCUGACCCUCCUGUUAAUAGCCAGAAGAUGGUGUAUGUUCGUGCCAUGACUGAGUACUGGCCCCAGGAGGAUCCCACCAUUCCGUGCGCGGAUGCAGGGCUGCCUUUCCAGAAGGGGGACAUCCUCCAGAUUGUGGACCAGAACGAUGCCCUCUGGUGGCAGGCCCGGAAAAUCGCAGACCUUGGUACCUGUGCGGGCCUCAUCCCUUCUAACAAUCUUCUGAAGAGGAAGCAACGAGCGUUCUGGUGGUCCCAGCCACGCCAGCCUCACACCGACCUCAAAUCCACCGCCUCAAUUUCUAUUGAAGAAGAUGACGACAUAAAGAUUGACGAGAAGUGUGUGGAAGCAGAUGAAGAAACGUUUGAAUCUGAGGAACUUUCAGAAGACAAGGAGGAAUUUGUUGGCUAUGGUCAGAUGUUCUUUAUCGCUGGUUUCCGCCGCAGCAUGCGCCUGUGUCGCAGGAAGUGUCACCUCAGCCAGCUGCGCACCAGCCUGUGCGGCGCCAGCUGCAGUAGCAAUGUGGCCGGCGCCCCUUACGAGGAGGUGGUGAGGUACCAGCGACGCCCUUCAGACAGGCACCGCCUCAUCGUGCUCGUGGGACCUUCUGGUGUUGGAGUGAAUGAACUGAGAAGACAACUUAUUGAACUUAACCCUAACCAUUUUCAAAGUGCUGUGCCACAUACUACUCGUUCCAAAAAGAGUUAUGAAAUAGAUGGACGUGAAUAUCACUAUGUGUCAAAGGAAACAUUUGAAAGUCUCAUGUAUAGUCACCGGAUGCUCGAGUCUGGUGAGUACAAAGGCCACCUCUACGGCACCAGUGUGGACGCUGUGCAAGCUGUGCUGGAGGAAGGCAAGAUCUGUGUCAUGGACUUAGAGCCUCAGGGUAUUCAAGUGGCUCGAACCCAUGAACUGAAGCCCUAUGUCAUAUUUAUAAAGCCAUCUAACAUGAGUUGCAUGAAACAAUCUCGGAAAAAUGCCAAGAUCAUAACAGACUACUUUGUGGACAUGAAGUUCAAGGAUGAAGAUCUACAAGAGAUGGAGGAUUUAGCCCAAAAAAUGGAGACUCAGUUUGGCCAGUUUUUUGAUCAAGUGAUUGUGAAUGACAACUUGCAAGACGCAUGUGCCCAGUUGUUGUCUGCAGUUCAGAAGGCUCAGGAGGAGCCUCAGUGGGUGCCAGCAACAUGGGUUUCUUCUGAUACUGAGUCUUAA